GCUCCAUGCUCUGAAAGUUUGCUCCCGAGAGUUAAGCUAAAAGUAGAGCCCUGUCACACAUACAUCUUUGAUCAUGACGAAGGGAAAAAAGAGCUCAUUGGCUCCUUGGUACCUGCCACUCCAGCCACCUUUACUCCCAUGCCAAUGGAUAUCAGCAAGGUGGUACUGCCUGUACAACUUGGUAUCCGAGAUAAAUUGGCAGAAAACAUCCAUGAACUUUGGGCAAUGGACAGGAUUGAUCUUGGAUGGACAUAUGGACCUGUGAGAGAUGAAACAAACAGACAUGAUCCUCUGGUGGAGUUUUCCAAACUUUCAGAGCAGGGGAGGAACCAAAACCUUCAGAUGGCUCAAGACACUCUCAGGACUCUGCUUGCCUUUGGUUUCCACAUGGGCCUGACUGAUUCCAGCGGAGAAAGAGUCAAAUACAUGAGAGUGGCUGCCAAGUAUGAGCAGCCCAGUGGCUAUCAACCUGCCCCAUUAGACCUAAGGCAGGUUUUUCUCAGCCCAGCCCAUGAGGAAUUGGUUAACUUGCUGGCAGAGAAUGAUCACAAUGUAUGGGCCAGAGAGCGUAUCAAGCAAGGAUGGACCUACGGAGCCCAACAGGAUGUGAAAGCCAAGCGGAGCCCGUACCUUGUGCCAUACAGUCUUCUUGAUGAAAGAAGAAGAAGAGUGAGCAUGGAGAGUCUUAAAGAGACUGUGUGUACCCUGUUAGCUUACGGUUACAGCCUGGAGACCCUCAACCACAAAACAACCUUAUUAUCAAACCCUUAUCAUUUCUCUGUGGAGAAAGGCAGAGUGUUCAGACCAGACAAAUCAUACGCUGUGACCCAGGGGAAGUGGUACUUUGAAUUUGAAAUAGUGACUGCUGGGAAAAUGAGAGUGGGCUGGGCUCGACCCGACUGUACACCAGAUAAGGAGCUCGGCUCGGAUGACCAGGCAUUUGUCUUUGAUGGAUUUGAGGCUCAGUGGUACCAUCAGGGUGUUGAGCCACUGGGACGACCAUGGCAGAGAGGUGAUGUGGUGGGAUGCCUGGUGGACAUGGCUGAAUGCACUAUGAUGGUCACGCUCAAUGGAGAGAUGCUGUUUAAUGACAGAGGAUCAGAACUGGCUGCCAAGGACUUCGAUGUCAGAGACGGUUUGUUGCCUGUGGUCAGUGUUGAGGUGAACCAGGUGGGGAGGCUGAACCUUGGUCGCCAAGUGGACUCUCUGCAGUACUUUACAGUGUGUGGCCAGCAGGAGGGUUAUGAUCCUUUUGCUGCCAACAUGUCUAGAGACCCAGCCCUGUGGAUGAGUUGGAAGCAGCCUCAGUUUACCUCCAUACUGCCUGAUAAUCAUAAUUUACAGGUCACCAGAGUCAGUGGCUCGACAGAUUCCUUAUCCAGCCUGAGGGUUUCUCAGCGGUUGUUUGCACACCAUGGUGGAGGCAGUGAGAUAGGCUUUUACCGGCUCAGCAUGUCCAUUGAAUGUGCUGCUAUCCUUAAGAGUCCUGCAGGGGGCGUGCUUCCUGUGGCCUCCAACUCUCUCUCUCCAGGAAGAAAAGAUCAGGAGGAGGUGGACUCUGACUUUGAAGUUUUGAUGAAGUCAGCCCACAAUUUUGCGGGCUCAAGAGAUGAGCUCAAUCAUAAGGAUCAUAGUCACGACAAAACCUCAAGACUGAAACAACGCUUCAUGCUUAAGAAGACCAAACCAGGCCUGGUCAACAGCAACUCCUCCGCACGGCUUCUGGAAGAUGUUGUCGUUGACAAGGAUAAUCAUGAUCACCUUAUUCAGAGCUCCAGAUAUUAUUACUCAGUGAGGGUCCUUCCCGGUCAGGAGCCGUUCAAUGUGUGGGUUGGCUGGGUAACAUCGAACUUUCAUCAACAUGAUGUCACUUUUGAUGCUGACAAUGUCCAAACUGUGACUGUCACCCUGGGAGAUGACAGUGGCAAAGUCCAGGAAAGUGUGAAGCGUUGUAACUCUUACAUGGUUUGUGCUGGAGAGGCAACAGGUCUGUCUCAGAGUCGCAGAAGUGCAGGGCUGGAAAUUGGCUGUUUAAUCGACACGUCCACUGGGCUGCUCAUGUUUACCUCCAGUGGAGUAGAGAUGGCAACCUUCUAUCAAGUUGAGGCCGGUACAAAGCUGUUUCCUGCUGUUUUUGUGAAACCCACCACCAGCAACAUGUUUCAGUUUGAACUUGGACGCGUUAAGAAUGUGAUGCCCCUUUCAGCAGGUUUGCUGCGCAGCCAAAGAAGGAAUGCAACUCCUCAAUGUCCUCCGAGGUUUCAGGUGCAGAAACUCAGCCCGGUUUUAUGGACCAGGAUACCGGACUGCACACUUAGGGUGAUGGUGGAUCGGCCAGAUGAGUGCCAUGGAUGGAGAGUCCAAUGCUCUGAGCCCCUUCAAGUCAUGUGUCUUCAUAUCCCUGAUGAAAACAGGUGUGUUGACAUUUUGGAGCUGUCGGAACAUGAAGACCUCUUCACAUUUCACCAACAUACUCUCCUCCUGUACUGCUGCUUAUGCGCCCUUGGAAACACCAGGGUUUGUCAUGCCCUCUGCAGUCACGUGGACCAAUCCCAGAUGCUUCAUGCCAUCCAGAAUCCCCACCUCCCUGGGCAACUCCGCUCUGUAUUUUACCAGCUGCUGACUCAGGUUCACCUCAGCAGCCACUUUACGGCAUGUCUUAUGAUGAACCAGGAAUAUAUUGUACCUAUGACUGACCAGACCAGAGAAAUAACACUUUUUCCAAGCCCUGCUAAUGCAGGUAAUGCUCAACCUCUAGAUGCAAGGCAAGGCAUUCCCAGCUCUUGUUUUAGCCCAUCCCUUAAACCACAGAUGCACUUCUCAUCUCCUUGUUUUGUCAGGAGUGAUGGUUUGGAAGGAGAUUGUGCAGUUGAAGUAUCCUGCUCAGACAGCCCAGAGAUCCCUCUGGACAUAUUGAAAAAUCUGACUGUAGAGAUGCUGACUGCUGGAGUGUGUGCUGUGGGUCAGGGUGUGAGGGAUCCUGUAGGAGGCAGCAUUGAGCUUCUGCUGGUCCCUCUAAUUAGACUGUUCUACACCCUGCUGGUUAUGGGGGUAUUUGGGGAUGAAGACCUUGGGAAAGUUCUGAGACUGAUAGAGCCACGAGUCUUUUCAAUAGAUGCUGAAACCCCUGAGGAGGAAGAGGAGGAAGAAUUGAGUGAUGAUGAAAAAGAAUGGAAAGGGGGACAGAAUAACGACGGUGAAACUCUGAAACAGGGACUUCUACAUAUGAAGCUCCCAGAGGCUGUCAAAAUUGAGCUCUGCUAUCUUCUGUCCUACCUGUGUGACUGCCAAGUGCGCCACAGGAUUGAGUCUGUCAUUGCCUUCUCUGACAACUUUGUGGGUCAACUGCAGGAGAACCAAAGCUUUCGCUACAACCAGGUCAUGCAAGCACUCAACAUGUCAGCCGCUCUCACUGCCCGCAAGACCAAGGAGUUCCGCUCUCCUCCGCAGGAGCAGAUCAACAUGCUGCUGGACUUCAGACAUGAUGAGCAGCAGGAGAACUGUCCCUGCCCUGUUGAAAUUCAACAACUCCUGCAAGACUUUCAUCACCUUCUCAACACACACUGUGGAAUUGAAACGGACAAUGACGCAGAGGAUGAAGAGAUUGCUGAGAUGUCAGUAAAAGAUCGACUUCUCAGUCUGGUGGGAAGUGUCCUUGGGUUGAAGAAGAAACCCAUAGAGGCAGAGGAGAGUAGGCUGCAGAGUGCCAAGUCCCUGAAAAAGCUCAUCUCUGAGACAAUGGUGCAUUGGGCCAAAGAGACUGAGAUGGAGGACCCUGAACUUGUAAGAGCCGUAUUCACUUUGCUUCAUCGCCAGUAUCAGGGCCUUGGGGGCCAAAUGGCGGGACCCCUCUCCAGAGCCUAUACGAUCAGCCAGAUUUCAGAAGAGGACACCAUGGCACUCCUCUCCUCCCUGAGCCAAAUCCGUUCCCUCCUCAGUGUCCGAAUGGGGAAGGAAGAGGAGAGGCUGAUGAUCAGAAAACUAGGAGACAUCAUGAAUAAUAAAGUUUUUUACCAGCACCCUAAUCUAAUGAGGGCUUUGGGGAUGCAUGAGACCGUGAUGGAGGUGAUGGUCAAUGUCUUGGGAGAAGGAGAAUUAAAGGAGAUCACCUUUCCCAAAAUGGUGGCCAGCUGCUGUCGUUUCCUCUGUUAUUUUUGCCGCAUUAGCCGUCACAACCAGGGAGCCCUGUUUGAUCAUCUCAGAUACCUGCUUGAAAACAGCAGCGUUGGACUUGCGUCACCAUCGAUGCGGGGAGCCACUCCUCUGGAUGUAGCAGCAGCCUCUGUAAUGGAUAAUAAUGAACUGGCAUUAGCACUGAAGGAACCUGACCUAGAGAAGGUGGUGCAGUACCUUGCUGACUGUGGUCUCCAGAGCUGUCAGAUGCUCGUGGCUAAAGGCUAUCCUGAUAUUGGAUGGAAUCCUGUGGAGGGCGAGCGUUAUGUUGAUUUCCUGCGUUCUGCUGUUUUCUGCAAUGGUGAGAGUGUAGAGGAGAAUGCUUAUGUGGUGUUAAAACUGUUGAUUCGUCGGCCUGAGUGUUUUGGCCCUGCACUGCGAGGUGAUGGUGGAAACGGUCUCCUUGCAGCCAUGGAGGAAGCCAUCAGGAUCUCAGAGGACCCUUCUAUGGAUGGACCUUGCACUAUGUACCAGUCCAACAGAACACUAGAUGUGGUCCAGGACGAUGAUGAUGACCUCAUUCACAUGGGGCACGCCAUCAUGACCUUCUACUCAGCUCUUAUUGACUUGCUGGGCCGCUGCGCGCCUGAGAUGCAUUUGAUUCAAGGAGGAAAAGGAGAAGCUAUCCGUAUCAGGGCCAUUCUGAGGUCACUCAUCCCCAUCCAGGAUCUUGAGGGAGUCAUCAGCAUUUCCUUUGAAAUCCCUUCAGUGGCUAAAGAUGGUCUGGUGGAUGAGCCAGACCUCUCUACAGUGUUCUGUCCUGACCACAAGGCAGCCAUGGUCCUGUUUCUGGACCGAGUUUACGGCAUUGAGAACCAGAAUUUUCUUCUCCACCUACUUCAAGUUGGCUUUCUGCCCGACCUUCAGGCAGCCGUGUCUUUUGACGCUGCUGACUUAGGAUCCACUGAUAUGGCCUUGGCCCUCAACAGAUACUUGUGUACAUCUGUUCUUCCCUUGCUCACCAAAUGUUCAGAUCUCCUCUGUUCUGUUGAGGACCAUGCCUCGCUGGUGGAUGCUCUUAUCCAGGCAAUCUACAACCUCUCACAGGCUCUCAGCCUGACCAAGGCUCAGCGAGACACUAUUGAGGAUUGCUUGUUGGCAGUGUGCAGUAAACUCCAACCAUCUAUGAUGCAGCCUCUUCUUAGACGUCUGGUCUUCGAUGUCCCGAAGCUCACAGACUACAGCAAAAUGCCGCUAAAGCUCUUGACCUGUCACUAUGAGCAAAGAUGGAAAUACUACUCGCUAGCAGGGGGACAGGAUGACCAGAGUUCUGCCUCUGAAGAGGAGCUCCACCUGUCCAGAAAGCUGUUCUGGGGUGUCUUUAAGGCCUUGGCAAAGAAGCCCUAUGAGCCUCAGUUAUUCCCACUCUGUGUUCAAAGCCUAGCUGCUGUGGCUAAGGCCAUUCCUCCUGACCACAUGGACUCGAGCUGCACGCCUCAUAGUGAGAGAAAAGCCUCCACAGACACAGAAGGACACUUUGAACUUCAGCCUGUAGAUACAUCCAAUGUGUCAGUGCCAGAGAGACUGGAGUUCGUGGUUAAUAAGUAUGCAGAGCACACUCACGAGAAGUGGUCACUGGACAAGUUUGCCAAUGGUUGGGUUCAUGGAGAGCAGCUCUGUGAGAACACUAAGGUUCAUCCUCUCCUCAAGCCAUACAGGGCUCUGGCUGAGAAGGAGAAGGAGGCAUACCGCUGGGCCAUUAAGGAGACGAUAAAGAGUAUGCUCGCCUUUGGAUGGACGAUAGAGAGGACUAAAGAGGGAGAGGCAUUUGGAACACAUACCUGUUCACGCAGAGUCUCUCAGUCUGGACAGCUGUCAUUUGAGGGAGCAUCAACUUUUAGCCCCAAGUCUUUGGACAUGAGCAGCAUCACCUUAUCAUGGGACCAGUGUGCUAUGGCGGAACAUUUGGCUGAGAACUACCACAAUGCCUGGGCUAAGAAGAAGAAAUUGGAGCUUGAGAGUAAAGGAGGGGGUGGCCAUUCAAUGUUUGUACCCUAUGACACCCUGAGUGCUAAGGAGAAAACCAAGUUCAGAGAGAGGGCCCAAGAUAUCCUCAAGUUUCUUCAGCUUAAUGGCUACACUGUGUGGAGGGAUCGGAGGACUGGGGAGUUGGAAUUUCAAGCUGUAGCCAAUUGCUUCAGCUACACUCUUCUUCGGCGCCUGCUGUCUUACACUGAGGAGGCUCAAGAGCACAUGCUGGAGCUGGAGGUGAUGCAAGCCAGAGGACAGAUGUCUAAAGGAGAGAGAGCUCCACAACAGCAACUAUUAAAUGUUUUUUCUAAGGUUGUCCUUCCUCUUUUGGAACAAUAUGUGAAGAGCCAUCGUCUGUAUUUCCUGUCUACUUCUCUCUGCUCAAGCGGAAAUCAAAGCCAUGCCUCAAAAAGAGAAAAAGAGAUGAUUGCAAGCCUCUUUUGUAAGCUUGCAGCUCUAGUGAGACACAGGAUCUCUCUCUUCGGUAACGAAGGCUCACAAGUUGCAAGCUGCCUCCAUGUUUUGGCUCAAGCUCUGGAUGCUAGGACAUUAAUGAAAUCAGCCCCAGAGUCUAUCCAAGCGUCUCUGCACUCAUUCUUUGAAGCAGCUGCAGCUGACCUGGAGAUGAUCGUGGAAAACCUCUCUGUGACCUUGGUCUGUUUACCUCAGAGUAGGAGUCAGCAGGCUAAAGGAGUGGCCAAGGUUCUCAGCUACAGCAGCUCCAUUCUUGUGCCCACCCUCACUUCGCUCUUUCGACAUCUUUGCAUCCAAAACUUUGGCGAGGACCUCCUGUUGGGGAGUAUCCAGGUGUCCUGUUACAGAAUCCUCAACAGCCUGUACUCACUUGGCACCAGUAGCAGCAUCUACAUGGAGGGGCAGAGGCCAGCAGCAGGCGCUUGUCUGGCAGCCCUGACUGGGACUUUCCCUGUAUGCUUCCUGGAGCCUUCUUAUAAUCAAAACAACCCCUACUCCAUUUACAACACCAUGAAUGCUUCUGAAAGAGAAGACCUGGGGCUUCCCGAUCAGGUUGAGGACAUGUGUCCCCUCCUGCCCUCUCUGGAUCAGGCCCUGGGGGAGGUGAAGGAGUUGGCAUGUGCUGGUGCUGGCGCUCGCCUAGCCCCUUACAUCCAUGUCACAGAGGUCACCUUGCCCAUGCUGUGUAACUACAUGUCUCUCUGGUGGCACUGGGGCCCAGAGGGACAGCAAGAAAGCCCAAUAUGCACCUCUAUCACUUCUCAGCAUGCAAGUGACCUUCUUGGCCACAUCCUCCGUGUUAUCCACAACCAUGUGGGAGCUAGCCAGUGUGACUGGAUGAAACAGCUGGCAGUUUUCUCUCAGCCUAUCAUAUGUAAAGCCAACUCUGAGCUGUUAAAGAGCCACUUUCUUCCACUGAUGGAGAAGUUGAAGAAAAGGGCCGGAUGCAUGCUGCUGGAGGAAGAGCAGAUGAAAGCAGAAGUGUGUGAUACAUCUGAAGCAGAGCUGCAGCUACAGGAGAAGUUUACUGUACUGGUGCGAGACCUUUACGCCUUCUACCCCCUUCUCAUCCCAUUUGUGGAUUCUAAUCGAGCCAGCUGGCUGAAAGACUCAAACCCUGAUGCUGAGCAGCUGUUCAGCAUGGUGGCAGAGGUCUUCACAUUCUGGGCCAAAUCACACAAUUUCAAAUGGGAGGAGCAGAACUAUGUGGUCCAAAAUGAAAUCAACAACUUGGCUUUUUUAGUCAACAAAGACAACAUGUCCAAGUUCGACCAUGACAAAAGGAGGAUGAAGAGGAAGGGGGACUGUUAUUCCACACACACCUCUCUCAUAGUGGCUUCUAUGAAGAGACUUCUCCCUGUGGGACUGAGGGUUUGUUUUCACAACGACCAGAUCCUUCUUGUGUUGGCUAAGAAGGGCUUCACCCAGAAGAAGACUGAGGAUGAGAUUCGAGAGGAUGUUUUCAAUUACCUCAACCAUCUUCAGAGCGAGACUUCAAACUGCUUUGGGCUGGAGGCUGUUAAUGCAGUACACCCACGCCUGUUAGGGGCAAUCGCUGAAACGAAAGAGACUGUUGACAAGAUUUUGGAAAUUGCACGUGUCCUGUAUUACCUGGAUCAGGUCGAACACCCUCAGAAAAGUAAAAAACCUGCUUGGCACAGGGUCUUAUCCAAACAGAGGAAACGAGCGGUGGUGGCCUGUCUGAGAAUGGCUCCUCUCUACAACCUACCAAGGCACAGGGCUGUCAACCUCUUUAUCCAAGGCUACAAUAAAUCCUGGAUAUCUGCUGAGGACCUCAGCUUUGAGGAGAAGCUUGUUGAGGAUUUAGCUGUGAGUGAAAAGAAGGGAGGAGUGACAGAGUUGUGUGGAGGCGACAGAGAGGAAGAAAAGGAUGUGGGAGACGGUGCUAAACCAAUUGAUCCCCUCCUACAGCUCAUUACACUCUUCAGUCGAAGCGCCCUGACAGAAAGGAGAAAGCUUGGAAAUGACAGUCUGUAUAAGUCUUAUGCUUCAAUCAUGGCAAAGAGCUGCCAAAGUGAAGACGCUGAUGAUGAAGAGCAGGAGGCCAAAAGCUUUGAAGAGAAGGAGAUGGAGAAACAGAAGUUGCUUUACCAGCAGGCCAGGCUGCAUCGUCGUGGAGCUUCUGAGAUGGUCCUCCAAACCAUCAGUGCCAGCAAAGGGGCCAUGGGUGCGAUGAUCGCCCCCACAUUGAAGCUGGGCAUAUCUGUUCUGAGUGGAGGGAAUGUCACUGUUCAACAGAAAAUGCUGGAUUAUCUGAGAGAGAAGCAAGAUGUUGGCUUCUUUCAGAGCAUGGCUGGACUAAUGCUGUCAUGUAGUGUUCUGGAUCUGAAUGCAUUUGAGAGACAGAACAAAGCUGAAGGAUUAGGCAUGGCCAUGGAUGAGAGCUCAGGAGAGAAGGUGAUGCCUGACAAAGACGUAACCUGCGACCUGUUCCGUUUUUUACAGCUGCUCUGUGAAGGACACAACUCAGAUUUCCAGAAUUACCUGAGAACACAAACAGGCAACAACACCACUGUCAACAUCAUAAUAUCCACUGUGGACUAUUUACUGAGAGUGCAGGAGUCGAUCAGUGACUUUUACUGGCACUAUUCAGGGAAAGAUGUGAUUGAUUUCCACGGCCAACAAAACUUCUCCAAGGCCAUUGAAGUGGCUAAACAGGUCUUCAAUACACUCACAGAGUACAUACAGGGUCCAUGUACCGGGAACCAACAGAGUCUUGCUCACAGUCGCCUGUGGGACGCUGUUGUGGGAUUCCUCCAUGUCUUUGCUCACAUGCAGAUGAAGCUCUCUAAGGACUCAAGGCAAAUUGAGCUGCUGAAGGAGCUCAUGGAUCUACAAAAGGACAUGGUUGUGUUUCUGCUUUCCAUGCUAGAAGGUAACGUUGUCAAUGGAAUGAUUGGAAAGCAGAUGGUGGAUAUGUUGGUGGAGUCAUCAGGAAACGUGGAGAUGAUCCUGAAGUUUUUUGACAUGUUUCUUAAACUUAAAGACCUCACCUCCUCUGAAGCAUUCAGGGAGUACGACCCUGAUCAUAAGGGAUGUAUCUCCAGGAAGGACUUCCAGAAAGCAAUGGAGAACUGCAAGCGUUUCUCACAAACUGAGACUCACUUCCUCCUCUCCUGCUCGGAGGCUGACGAUAGUGAUAUUGUGGAUUAUGAGGCGUUUGUGGAUCGUUUCCAUGAGCCAGCCAAAGACAUCGGCUUCAGCAUUGCUGUUCUUCUUACCAAUUUGUCCGAACACAUGCCAAAUGAUAUAAGACUAAGGACAUUCCUGGAACUGGCAGAGUGUGUCCUGACUUACUUCCAGCCCUAUCUGGGACGUAUAGAGAUUCUCGGCAGUGGGAAGCGCAUUGAACGUGUCUACUUUGAAAUCAGUGAAUCCAGCCGCACACAAUGGGAGAAGCCUCAGGUGAAAGAGUCCAAGAGGCAGUUCAUUUUUGAUGUCGUCAAUGAGGGUGGCGAGAAGGAGAAAAUGGAGAUGUUUGUCAAUUUCUGUGAGGACACCAUCUUUGAGAUGCAGCUUGCUGCCCAGAUCUCUGGCUCUGACACUGGAGAGAGGUGUGUUGAAAAAGAAGAUGGGAGUGAAGACGAAGGUCAUGACAACAAAGGAAUUUUCUUCCUUUAUCAGUGGAUGUUGUUGCUGACAUCUUUACUUUCUGUCAAAAACCUGAAAUUCAUAAUGAAGAUGUCCUUUAAGGAUAUCCUCAUGUCAGCUCUUUUCUUGCUCAGAUUCAUUGCUAUGGCUCAGGUUCGGUGUGUUUGUGCCGUGGUUCACAGCAUCUUAUAUGUGCUGUAUAUAGCUUUUGUCAGUGGUGGGCUUAUAGAGGCAGCCAAAAGGAUGAAAAUAUCUGACUUGCUGGGUGGGAUCCUGGAACCAACUCUUGAUGAGGUCAUGGAAGUGCCAAGCGGUGUGGAUCGUCUGAGGAAGUAUCCUGCCAGUUUUUCUUCCCAGAGAGAGUUGAGGGAGAUUGGGCAGGAGGCAGCUGUGACCUCCCCCAGGGACGUGGAUGUACUGUCAGACAUAUUUGGCCUCCAAGUGAAGAAAGAGGGAGGUCAAUACAGACUUAUAACACAAGACCUCACUGCCAGUCUGUCUGACCUGUUCAACACAGCCUCCAGAGCAAUUUCCACCACUGAUUUUUCUGAGAAGCAGCAGGUGACCCAUCUUAAAGCCCACACCGCCCCAGAGGAAAAACCAGAAGAUGAGGAAAUACAUCUCACAAAAGGGAAGGAAUCUGAAAAGAAAACGGGGAAGGAGGAAGCUGAAGCAGAAUUAACAUCCAAGAAAUGCUCUCACAAGUCGGAGGAAAAGGAUCGUCAACGGUCUGCUCUCUUGGAGAUUAUAAGCACUCACAACAAGAGCCUGCUGAAUUAUUUUGCAAGGAAUUUUUACAAUAUGCGGUUGCUGGCUUUGUUUGUCGCCUUUGCAAUCAAUUUCAUCCUCCUCUUCUACAAGGUCGCAUCCUUGCCUGCAUCACAAGAAGAGAAAGAAGUGAUCGCAUCUGAUUAUACUGAGGAACUGAGCUCUCCUGCUGAAGAUGACAAUGAGGCCGAAGUUUAUUUUGUGCUCGAGGAGAGCAGUGGAUACAUGGAGCCAUCACUCCAUUUCCUGGCUGUAGCACACACAGUCAUCUCCUUCUGUUGUAUGAUUGGUUACUACUGCCUUAAGGUACCAUUGGUUAUUUUCAAACGUGAGAAGGAAGUGGCACGAAGGCUGGAGUUUGAUGGGCUGUAUGUGACAGAGCAACCGCCUGAGGAGGACAUCAAAGGGCAAUGGGACCGACUGGUCAUAAAUACACCAUCCUUUCCGAGUUAUUACUGGGAUAAAUUUGUGAAGAGGAAGGUGAUGGAUAAGUACGGUGACUUCUAUGGCUGUGAGAGGAUCAGUGAGCUCAUGGGUCUGGACCAAACCGCUUUAGACUUCAGCUCUGAGAGAGAAGAAAGGAUGAGGCUCGAGAGAGACACUGCCUGGAGUGCUCUAUUUAACUCCAUUGACGUGAAGUACCAGGUCUGGAAACUGGGAGUUGUGUUCAUUGAUAAUUCCUUUUUGUACUUGGCCUGGUACAUGACCAUGUCAGUUUUGGGCCAUUAUAACAACUUCUUCUUUGCUGCCCACCUUUUGGACAUCGCCAUGGGCUUUAAGACACUUCGUACAAUCCUUUCUUCUGUCACACACAAUGGGAAACAGUUGGCACUGACUGUUGGCCUGUUGGCGGUUGUGGUCUAUCUCUACACCGUUGUGGCCUUCAACUUCUUCAGGAAGUUCUACAACAAGAGUGAUGACGAUGACACCCGGGACAUGAAGUGCAAUGACAUGCUAACUUGCUACAUGUUCCACAUGUAUGUGGGAGUGCGUGCUGGCGGGGGCAUUGGAGACGAGAUUGAGGACCCAGCUGGAGAUGAGUUUGAAGUGGAACGCGUUGUCUUCGACAUCACAUUUUUCUUCUUUGUCAUUGUCAUCCUCCUGGCUAUCAUCCAGGGCUUGAUAAUUGAUGCCUUUGGGGAGCUGCGUGACCAGCAGGAGCAGGUGAAAGAGGAUAUGGAGACCAAAUGUUUUAUAUGUGGAAUGGGAAGUGAAUACUUUGAUAAAGUCCCCCAUGGCUUUGAGACUCACACUCUUCAGGAACACAACCUAUCCAACUAUCUAUUUUUUCUGAUGUACCUUAUAAACAAGGAUGAAACUGAACACACGGGGCAGGAAUCCUUUGUGUGGAAAAUGUACCAGGAGCGUUCCUGGGAAUUCUUUCCUGUGGGAGACUGUUUCCGUAAGCAAUAUGAGGAUCAACUGGGAUGA